AAUGUUAAGAUUACUGUCACCAUUCGCGUCCGUAUCAUUUUUCGCCGGCAUCUUUUUGAACAAAGUUUCUCAAUAAGCCGUAUGGAAACAAUUUUUCACACAUUUGAAGCAUGAAAUACAAACGACACGGCGUGAUACCCUCCCGGCUUCCGACGUCACGAUGUCGUCUUGCUGCCGCUCUGCCUGGCUGCGCCUGCUGCUGCGGCUGCCUUGCCUACCUCACAGGCGCCUGUGACUUGGAAGUCAGUCUAGUCUACUGCUACCAAGCACCCCAUCCUAACUGUUGUUCCUUGCACACAACUUCGACAUUUCAUGGCAUCUUCUUAUGUGGAAAGUUUAAAAGCGACAAACUAACUGCGACGUAGCUGUUAUUUUGCUGUACUAAUUUUUAAUUACUAUUCUGCCGUGUCUCAAAACAGUUGUAGGUUAGGUUAUUUAUUUUGUAGUUGUUUCCUCCAGGCUGACAGGUCAUAGGCAUAAUAUAAUGCCACGGCAAAUUUAGUUGCACAAGGAUCAAUUUAGCUAGCUUACCUUUAACUUUGAUUGAAACUUCUUUUACAACCGUCUUUGAAUGAAUAGUUAAUGAAUUGGCAAUAGUUUGUUUUAAAGUACCAUCUGUUUCAUUCUCUGUAUACUUAGCAAAUAUUUCCUAGCUGCCCAUCAUAAUGAAUUUUGCCGGAAUUAUUCGCCUAAACAAAUGUGGCAUUCUAUGUCUGGUUACCACAUUUUUAUUGUUGAUGUUGUAUAUGCUAAGUAGAAGCUCAAAAAUUGAAGAAAGAACCUCUGUUAAUUUGAGAAAAUUGCUCAUAGCAGCUAUUGAGGUUGCUGAAAAGGGUGGAAAAGAAGUUAGUUAUGUUCGUAGCCUACCACAGCUAGAUGUUGAAAGUAAAGGGAAAACGAAAGAAGGCGCCAAUGAUCCACUCACCAAUGCGGACCGAAGAUCUCACUGUGUCAUGUUUUAUGGACUCACCCAGGCCUUCCCUAAAAUCAAAGUAAUAUCAGAAGAAGAAAAGGUAGCCGGAGAUUGCAACCCUGUGCAGUUGGUUGAGCUUGAUCCCCGAGGCUUGGAUGGACAGCCUGAUCCUGGUGAUGAGUUUGUUCCAGCUGAGGACAUAACAGUGUGGAUUGAUCCACUUGAUGCUACUCAAGAGUUUACAGAAAACUUGGUCAGUUAUGUUACAACACUCGUUUGUGUUGCUGUGCGAGGGAAACCUGUUAUUGGUGUGAUUCACAAACCCUUCUCUGAUGAGCCAAAAACAACAUGGUCGUGGUUGGGGAAAGCGAAGUCUGCUGAUCUACAAAAUUCCAAGACGACUGAUUCAUCACAGCCUCUUUCCAUCAUUGUCUCGCGCUCUCAUGCUGGUCAAGUAGAGGCGGUAGCAAAGAAAGCCUUUGGACCUGAAAUUAAAGUGAUCCCUGCAGGAGGUGCCGGUUUCAAGGUGUUAGAAGUUAUUGCUGGAAAUGCCACUGCAUAUGUCCACACCACCAACAUCAAGAAAUGGGACAUUUGUGCUGGAAAUGCUAUCAUCAAAGCUGCAGGUGGAGAAAUGACAACACUAGAUAAUGAGCAAAUUGAUUAUUCAUCAACUUCCAAUAGUGUCAAUACUGGAGGAUUGUUGGCUUCUAUAGGACUAAGACACGAUGAACUUGUUCAAAAGUUGUCAAGAGCCAAGACAUAAAAAAAUUCUAAAUUUUUAAAAAUUAAGGAUUCUAUUAUAGCUAAUUAGCUAUAUGUCUCUUUUUGCGUUUCUGUUUCCUUCAUAGUUUUAAGCUUAUCUUUUAUGCACCAUCUUUGGCUAAAAACAAAUGCCUCAGCUGUUGGUGGUUUGUAUAAUAGUAAAUUGCCAUAGAUUAAAUUAUUCUGUCACCAGUUGGCCUAAAAAACCUUGAGACAAAUUGAAAGUUUCCAGCUGUGCUGAACACGCCACUUGGUACAAGUUAUAGCUUUGCUGAAGUUUCCUCUUUUCUUUUACCUGUAAGAAGACUGAAAAGCCCCCUUUUUGAUAAUUAUUUAUGUCUUAUCUUUGCAAGUCAGUAAUCUCGCAUUGUUUGUUUUAUGAGCAGAAAUUCUCUUGUUUUAUAUUUUGUAAUGCUAUUUUGUUGUAUUGAUAUGUUAUGUAGGACAUAAAAGUGAUAAUUUUAAUUAAUUUUUUUUUUUUACACUGGAGGCCAUUGGUUAAUAAUAUUUAUUACUAUUGUAAUAGGAAAGAUCUGUGAUAUCAAACUAUCAGAGCAGCUAUUGUCUCAGAAUUCUGCCUCAUAGUGUGUAUUGUCAUGCAAAUGUACAAAGAAUUUUACUACUUUCAGGCAAUUGCCUGAGAAUAAAUAAUUGUUUCUAAGAA